UCGCCGUCGUCGUCGUUGUCGUCUCUGAGCCAGUCUUACUUGGACGUAGGGUUUUGGUCUCUCCAAUCCAAUCCGAUCCACCUCGCGGCCGCCGAUGGGGAAGGACUCGAAGCCGAAGGACGCGAAGGGCAAGGGAAAGGCCGCAUCCUCCGGCGGCGACGACGCCGGCGGCAAGGGGGGCAAGGGCAAGGGAGGCAAGUCCGCAGAUGGCCUCGGCACCUGCACCUACGUCAAAGCUCGGCACGUAUUGUGCGAGAAGCAGGGGAAGAUCAAUGAGGCUUAUAAGAAGUUGCAGGAUGGAUGGCUGGACAAUGGGGACAAGGUUCCUCCUGCUGAGUUCGCUAAGGUAGCACAGGAGUUUUCUGAAUGCCCGUCAGGGAAGAAAGGUGGCGAUCUUGGCUGGUUCCCGCGUGGCAAGAUGGCUGGCCCUUUCCAGGAGGUUGCAUUCAACACACCUGUGGGAGCUGUUAGCGCACCAUUCAAGUCCACGCACGGGUACCACUUUAUCCUCUGUGAAGGAAGGAAGAACUGAUCUGGAAGUGUGCUCCUGGUUGGGGAGACCUCAUCAGGCAAUAUGAGACGCAAUGCAAACGCCUCCUCUUCUCUGUUGGCUUAAUAAGCGCUGGACAUGUGUAUUUUGUGUUUGGCUAUUGGCAUGUUGUCCCAAAGGAAUUGCCAAAACAAAGGGGAAAGAAAGUGUGGUUUGCUGUAACUAACCUAUUAACUAUGAUGCUGAUAUGCCAUAUCUACUAGGGUUGGUUAGAAGUGUGGUUCUAGCAUUUCUGUGCCA